AUGGAGCAGAGGAACCACAGUGGGCAAGUGAGUGAUUUUGUGUUGCUGGGUUUCCCAGCUCCUGCAGCACUACGAGCACUGCUGUUUUCCCUUCCCCUGGCCUACGUGUUGGUGCUGACUGAGAAUGCACUAAUCAUUACAGCAAUUAGGACACACCCAACCCUCCACAAACCCAUGUAUUUUUUCUUGGCUAAUAUGUCAUUCCUGGAGAUUUGGUAUGUCACUGUUACGAUUCCUAAGAUGCUUGCUGGCUUCAUUGGUUCCAGACAGAACCAUGGGCAGCUGAUCUCCUUCGAGGGCUGCAUGACACAGCUCUACUUUUUCCUGGGCUUGGGCUGCACUGAGUGUGUCCUUCUUGCUGUGAUGGCUUAUGACCGCUAUGUGGCUAUCUGUCACCCCCUCCACUACCCUGUCAUUGUCAGUAGCCGACUGUGUGUGCAGAUGGCAGCUGGAUCCUGGGCUGGAGGUUUUGGCAUCUCCAUGGUUAAAGUUUUCCUCAUUUCUCGCCUGUCUUACUGCGGCCCCAACAUCAUCAACCACUUUUUCUGUGAUGUUUCUCCAUUGCUCAACCUCUCAUGCACUGACAUGUCCACAGCAGAGCUUACAGAUUUUAUCCUGGCUAUUUUCAUUCUGUUGGGGCCGCUGUCCGUCACUGGAGCCUCCUACUUGGCCAUCACCGGUGCUGUGAUGCGCAUCCCCUCAGCUGCUGGCCGCCAUAAAGCCUUUUCCACCUGUGCCUCCCACCUCACUGUUGUGAUCAUCUUCUAUGCAGCCAGUAUCUUCAUCUAUGCCAGGCCCAAGGCACUCUCAGCUUUCGACACCAACAAGCUUGUCUCCGUACUCUACGCUGUCAUUGUACCAUUGCUCAAUCCCAUCAUUUACUGCUUGCGCAACCAAGAGGUCAAAAGGGCGCUACGGCGCACUCUACACCUGCAUCGGGGCCAGGAUGCCAACGCCAAGAGAUCUGGCAGAGAUGGUUAG